AUGGGAAAUGUUUGCAUCGUUUACCUAUUUACUUACCCAGGCGGAAACGUGGUGUACACUGACCUGUCGAGCGACACGGCGCUUUUCGGGGGAAUAGGGAGUUACCAGUACGACGUCUACCGCAUCAUGAAGAACGAAAAUGGCGACGACUGGGAGGCGUAUCACCCGCACACCAAUGUGUUGUGGCUGCACUACCUGCUGGGGAAGUUGUUGCAAAAGCUCCCCAAGACGAAGAAGGCCGCGGAGGUCGUCGACCCGUCCACUAGUCGGGGUCGACUGGUCGCCUGGGCGGACGCAAUCCUGGCUCUCCCGUCGGCCGAAGAGUUUGUGGCACAGCACGUGAUUCCUCACCUCGAACGAGACGCCGAGGCACCGCGCAAAGCGAGGCGCGCAGAACGGCCGCCGACUAGGGAGCCCCACGGCCGGAAUCUUCGAGAGCGCCGCUAAACGCUUGUCUGUUUGGUUGCGGCUUGUGCAUGCUGGCCGCGUAUAUUUAACAGUGGAUUUGGAACUUAGUGUGCAUUCAGUGUACACGCGUACGUUGCCAGUGAAGAAAGCAGAAAGCAUGCACUGCGUUCAUUUUGCCGAGUAAAAUGAGCGUGAAUGAAGUUAUACGAUUCGCGCAUCAUUGGGACGAACAAAAUUAAGAGAUAAAGAGAAAUCUAAAAAGAAGACAGAAAAACAGAUUUGGCAGUCUUUUUUUUUUCAAAUGCAAGGCGCUACGAUAUUUCCAUAAUUUCUCACAACGGGCUGGUGAUUGAGCAGUUUAUUAUUACAGUUUGUUUUCGUUAUUUCACAAUGCGUGAACAUUUGUUUUGAGGAUUGCGUGCAGUACUUCACCUUGAGCGACUGUACUUCAUUUAUUUAUUUAAAUAUCUUAUUUAUUAUUUAAUGAAUGUAUUCAUUAAAUUGGUA